UAAUUUUUAGAAAUUCAAAAGCCAUUCUCUUCAGCUUAGUCUGUGUGUGAGAUCAAUUGUAUAAAGCUACUCCUAUGAUUUCAUAAUUAGAAAAUUAUUCUUAGGUUUUUUCUUGAAAUGAUGAAACAAUUACUGUCACUGCCUGUCAAGUGAUUAAAAAUAUUGCACUUUCAGUAAAUACCGUACGUUCUGUUAAAUAAUAGAUUAUUUAAAUACAAAAAAACUUGCGCAAAACAUUUCUAUUCAAAAAAGGAAUUUUGAAUUUUUUUAGUUACUACUAAUUAGUGUAAAAAUGGCACUAAGCAGACAAAUCUUGAACAAGCUACAUCCUAUAUCUGUUAUUGCAAGAUUGUGCUCAUCGGAUUCAGGGAGAGGGUCUGCUGCCAUUCCCCAGCACCCAUGCAAGUUGAGUCUUCCACGCCUGCCGUCAACUGAGCCGGUCGACCUCAAACUUGUGCAGCUCCUGGAAAAACUUUCCUUGGUGGAUGCAGCUGAUGCUGAGGGAGUGAGGUCCCUAAACUACAAGAUCAGCAUGGCUGAUCAUCUGCACGCUGUUGACACCUCGGAUGUUGAGCCUCUCAUCACACUUCUGGAGGACAGGAGCCUGCGGCUGAGCGCUGACGAGCCUGAGGUGGACGGAGGCGCCAGGAAGGACGCGGUGCUGGCGUGCGCCCUGGACACGCUCGAGGACUUCUACGUCGUCCCUCCCGGCAACAUCGACUACCUGCCUGACGAGCGCUACUACAAGAACCUCGUAGACGGCGGGGCGACGAGUCUGGGGAGUGCUGCAGAACCUGAAGAAUCCAGUAGAACCUGAGGGACUAAACGCCCGACGAGUGCUACUACAAGAACCUCGUAGACGGCGGGGCGACGAGUCUGGGGAGUGCAGAAGAACCUGAGGAAUCUAGUAGAACCUGAAGAAUCUAGUAGAACCUGAGGGACUAAACACCCGACGGGUGCAACUACGAGAAGCUCGGUUAUGGCAUGGGGACGAGCCUGAAAAAUCCAGGAGGAUUUGAGUCCAGCAGAUCCUGAGAGGCGAGUCCAGCAGAGCCUGAGUGGGAGUCCAGCAGAGCCUGAGUGGGAGUCCAGCAGAGCCUGAGUGGGAGUCCAGCA